AGGAGAGAGGAGGUGGAGGGAGGAGGAGAUAGGCGGCUGACACACGCCUCCCAGUCCCCACUCCAGAGCAGCCCUGAGCCCGCUGCCGCCGCCGCUGCUUCAGUUGCCGCCGCCACCACCGUUGCCUUGGCUGCCACCUGAGGGACCCGCUGCCCCCACCCGUGCCGCUGCAUCCCGGCCCUUCCUUUCCAGCAUCCCGCCUGUCCUGCACGUUGCAACUCUUCUUAUUUUGAUCAUUUUCAUUGCAAGAAAAGAAAACUAAAAGAUAGCAGCCCGCAAAGAACAACCUACACCUUUCCACAUUGCUGAAGUGUCUCCGGAGAGAAAGCGAGGGGUCACUGGUCGAGGGAGGAGCAGCCGAAGGGACCGAGGGCGGGCGUUGAGAGGGUGGGAGGAGGCGUUGGGGGGCAUCGCGUGGAGGAAAGUUACGUGUGUCAGAGACCCGACGGCGCAGCGCCACAGCCCCGGGGUUCCGAGGGUCAGGGAGAAGCCGCUGCCCCGUGUCGCGACCCACGAGCGAUCGAGCCCGGUGGGGUUAGGGACGACUCCCCCGCCUGCGGCGUGGACUCUGUCGGUGGCCCUCGAGGAGAAGGAAUAUGGCAUCGAAAGUGUCUCCUUCUUGUCGUCUGGUUUUCUGCCUUCUGAUCUCCGCCGCGGUCCUCAGACCAGGUCUUGGAUGGUAUACUGUAAAUUCAGCAUACGGAGAUACCAUCAUCAUGCCUUGCCGACUUGAUGUACCUCAGAAUCUCAUGUUUGGAAAAUGGAAAUAUGAAAAGCCCGAUGGGUCCCCAGUAUUUAUUGCCUUCAGGUCUUCUACAAAGAAAAGUGUACAGUAUGAUGAUGUGCCAGAAUACAAAGACAGACUGAGCCUCUCAGAAAAUUAUACCUUGUCUAUCACUAAUGCAAAGAUCAGUGAUGAAAAGCGAUUUGUGUGCAUGCUAGUGACCGAGGACAACGUGUUCGAGGCACCUACACUAGUCAAGGUGUUCAAGCAACCGUCUAAGCCUGAAAUUGUAAACAAAGCACCAUUUCUUGAAACAGAGCAGCAAACAAAGAUCCUACAGAGCAGGUGACGAUACAGGUGCUGCCACCAAAAAAUGCCAUCAAGGAAGGGGACAACAUCACUCUUCAGUGCUUGGGGAAUGGCAACCCUCCUCCUGAGGAGUUCGUGUUUUACUUACCGGGUCAGCCUGAAGGAAUAAGAAGCUCGAAUCCUUACAUGUUGACAGAUGUGAAGCGCAAUGCAACAGGAGACUACCGAUGCUCCCUGAUAGACAAAAAAAGCAUGAUUGCUUCCACAGCCAUCACAGUUCACUAUUUGGAUUUGUCCUUAAACCCAAGUGGGGAAGUAACCAAACAGAUUGGCGAUACCCUGCCCGUGUCAUGCACAAUAUCUGCUAGUAGGAAUGCAUCUGUGGUGUGGAUGAAAGAUAAUAUCAGGCUUCGAUCCAGCCCAUCAUUUUCUAGUCUUCAUUAUCAGGAUGCUGGAAAUUAUGUCUGCGAAACUGCCCUUCAAGAGGUUGAAGGACUAAAAAAAAGGGAGUCACUGACACUCAUCGUGGAAGGAAAACCUCAAAUUAAAAUGACAAAGAAAACUGAUCCCAGUGGACUGUCUAAAACCAUAAUCUGCCAUGUGGAAGGUUUUCCAAAGCCAGCUAUUCAGUGGACCAUUACUGGCAGUGGAAGCGUCAUAAACCAAACAGAGGAAUCUCCUUAUAUCAAUGGCAGGUAUUAUAGUAAAAUUAUCAUUUCCCCUGAGGAGAAUGUUACAUUAACUUGCACAGCAGAAAACCAACUGGAGAGAACAGUAAACUCCUUGAAUGUCUCUGCUAUAAGUAUUCCAGAACACGAUGAGGCAGACGAGAUAAGUGAUGAAAACAGAGAAAAGGUGAAUGACCAGGCGAAGCUCAUUGUGGGAAUUGUAGUUGGUCUCCUCCUUGCUGCCCUCGUUGCUGGUGUUGUCUACUGGCUGUACAUGAAAAAAUCAAAGACUGCAUCAAAACAUGUAAACAAGGAUCUUGGUAAUAUGGAGGAGAACAAAAAGCUAGAAGAAAACAAUCACAAAACAGAGGCCUAAGAGAGGAGUGGCUCUAGCUGUCCAGAGGAAAAAAUCAUAUAGACCAAUUGAAGCAUGAACGUGGAUUGUAUUUAAGACAUAAACAAAGACACUGACAGCAAUUCAUGGUUCAAGUAUUAAGCAGUUCAUUCUACCAAGCUGUCGCAGGAUUUUAGAGAAUUAUCUCAAGUAAAACAAUGAAACGAAAAUAUAUUUAAAAAUAAACCAACAAGAUUUGGCAGCCAUGAUAAUAGGUCAUAUGUUAUGUUGGGUUUGAAUUUUUUUCUGUAAAUGUCUGCACUGAGGAUUUCUUUUCAGUUUGCCUUUUAUGUAAAUUUUUUACGUAGCUAUUUUUAUACACUGUAAGCUUUGUUCUGGGAGUUACCGUUAAUCAGAUGUAUAAUGUAAUGUUUUUAUUUCAAUUGUUUGUAUGGAUAAUCUGAGCAGGUACAGUUCUGAUUCUGAUUGCUAUCAGGAAUGCCCUGAACUUUCUUAGGAGCACCUAAAACCCAAAGGUGGCAGUUUGUGAGAUUGGGGAUGCACACAUUGCCCUAUUCAGAAGCUGGUUUUUAUCACGAGAAAAGGAGGCCAAGAGUCAGACUGAUAAGCACCGUAAGAUGUGAUUGUGUGUGCUAUUAGCUGAUGCUCAGAAGCACUCAGACACACGGAAUCACUGCAGGUGAAUGGUACUCCCAAGCUGACAAAUUUGCCUUUUCUGAAAAAGACAUAAUACAGAACUUGGGUAACAUUUGUUUAAAGAUAUCUACUAGUAAAUUACAAUCUGUCAAAGGAAAAGGUGGGUGGGGGGAGAAAAGAAAAAGAAAUCAUGUGUCAGAGAUGGAAUAUUCAGAGCUGGCUUGCCGUUUCCACAGACCACAAUGUAAAUCACUGUAAUUAAGAAUUGUGUUAAAUCCUUUGGGUUAUCCACUGCCUUAAAAUGAUACCCCUAUUUCCUUUAAAAAAUAAGAGAUAUCAGUCAGAAUUGGAGAUUUUUAACAGUGGUCAUUAUUAAAGCUGUGUUAUUUUCCACAGAAUAUAGAAUAUAUAUUUUUUUCGUGUGUGUUUUUGUUAACUACGCUACAGAUAUUGAAUGCACCUUGAGAUAAUUUAGUGUUUUUAACUGGUACAUAAUUUAUCAAGCAGAACAUAAAAGUGUAAUAAUAAAUGUCUAUGUAUCUUUAGUUACAUUCAAAUUUGUAACUUUAUAAACAUGUUUUAUGCCUGAGGAACUUUUUAAGGCGGUAGUAUAAAAGGAAACUUUUUGAAGUAGACUGAAUAAGGGCCAAUAGGGACUUGUGACUAGACUUUUAAACUUUGCUCUUUCAGAUAGAAGCUUGGUCCUGGGAUCAUACUACACAGUCAUUUUUUUUUUUGUCCCAGGAUUUACAUACAUAACUUUAACUAAGAAAAGAAAAAUGAACAUUGUAUUUCCAGGUAUAGAGCUAUGUUCUUUAAGAGAAAAAGGAAAACUGAUGUUUGUUUUUCAGACUCAAGUAAUAAAAAUAUUGUGAAUGGCAAUGAAAAACUAAUCAAAGAUUAAUCUCUGAUGAUGGUUGGAGACAACAUUUGCAAAUUCUGCAUAUUAAGACACAGAUAAUUGUACAUUUGUAACCAUUUAUUGUCUGAGCAAUAGUGACUCAGUUUAAUAAAAGCUUCUUGUAAUGCAUUGGUAUGGAUUAAAUACAUAAAAAUAUUCUACUAGACUCCAUGCUGUAUAAACUAUUAUGGAAAAAAAUGAAAACAAGUUAUUUUGCCUCUGAACUUUGAUUUAUUGAAGUUUUAUUUGGCAGGAAAAAAAAUGAAUCUUGGUCAAUAUUUAAACCAAAGUGAAGGGGGAAAAACAAAACCAAAGUUAUUUGUUUUGCAUGGCUAAGCCAUUCUGUUAUCUCUGUAAAUACUGUGAUUUCUUUUUUGUUUUCUUUUUCUUUUCUCUUUAGAAUUUAUUAAAGAAAUUCUAAACUUUUUAAACAUCUGCUUUCCACAAUAAACCAUGAACACUAAAAUGAGAUUAUUUCCAUAUUAUUAUUUUUCUUUUCUUCUUCUGCUAUGGAUGAUCAAAGGUUUAAAGUCUUACUCCUAAGAUAUGUUUGCAGAAAAUAAGCAACAGGAUGAUAGAGAGAGUGUUAUUCUAUAGCUGGCAUGGUAUACACUUG